AUGGCAGGUGGAAAAGCUGCCAAGCAGGAUACUAAGAAGAAGAAAUCUAAAGCCAGGAAGGCUGAUGACAGUGGAAAGAUUAAAAAGGAUGCAGAUGUCCUGGUAUUAAACAGCAGUGAGGCUCCAACCAUCGUGAAUGUGCUACUUGCUGCGGAGUCGGAAUCAGUGACCUUCAAGGACGUGGCUGUGGACUUCAGCCAGGAGGAGUGGGGCCGUCUGGGGCCUGGCCAGAGGGAGCUGUACUGGGACAUGAUGUUGGAGAACUACCGGAACCUUCUCUCACUGGCCCCAGCCAGCCCCGCCAUGGCUCUGCUUGCCCAGUGCACGCAGGGAGAGCUCCAGCUGCAGACCUGGAACUUCGCAAAGUGUGGGAAGGCCUUCACCUACCACUCACACUGCACCCUGCACCAGCGAGCUCACCCCGGGGAGAAGCCCUCCAAGUGCAGCGACUGCGGGAAGGCGUUCAGCAGCAGCUCGUACUUCACUCAGCACAUCAUCCACACCGGGGAGGAGCCCUACGCCUGCCCCGCGUGCGGCAAGACGUGCACGCAGAGCUCCUCGCUACAGCACCAGCGGAUCCACACCGGGGAGAAGCCCUACAGAUGCCAGGAGUGCGGGAAAGCCUUCACGCAGAGCUCACCCCUCGUCAAACACCAGCGAUGCCACACCGGCGAGAAGCCCUAUAAAUGCGACCAGUGCGGGAAGUUCUACUCGCAGAUCUCCCACCUCACCCGCCACCGCAAAAUCCACACGGGCGAGAAGCCCUACACAUGCAGCGAGUGUGGCAAGGCCUUCUGCCACAGCUCCUCCCUGGUCCAGCACCUGACCAUCCACACCGGGGAGAAACCCUACAAAUGCAACGAGCGCGGGAAGACCUUCAGCCGCAGCUCGUCCCUGACUCAGCACCAGCGCGUCCACACUGGAGAGAAGCCCUGCGAGUGCCACGAGUGUGGCAAGGCUUACACGCAGAUCUCCCACCUCAUGAGGCACCAGAGCAUUCACGUGGGGGAGAAGCCCUACAUACGCCCCGAGUGCGGGAAGGCUUUCAGCCACACCUCAUCGUUUUCCCAACACCGGACCAUCUGCACCGGGAGAAGCCCUACAGAUGUGCCGAGUGUGGGAAAACCUUCAGCCAGAACUCUUCCCUCACACGCCGCCAGCGGAUUCACAGCGGGGAGAAGCCCCAUGGGUGUAAGGUCUGUGGGAAGGCCUAUACCCAGAUCUCCCACCUCAUCCAGCACCAGCGGGUCCACACUGGUGAGAAACCUUAUGUGUGCAGCGAGUGUGGGAGAGCCUUCAGCCGGAGCACCCACCUCAUCGAGCAUCAGAAGAUCCACACGGGCGAGGGACCUUACGGGUGCCAGGAGUGUGGGAAAACUUCAGUCACAGCUCCUCCCUGACAGCAUCAGCGACUUCACACUGGAGAGAAGCCCUGUGCCUGUCAGGAGUGCGGAAAGGCCUUCAGUCAGAGCAUGCACUUGAUUCAGCACCGAAGGCUUCACACGGGUCGGGACUGUGGGGAAACCUGCUCCCAGCCUCACCCCUUCUCCAACAUCAGAAAGCCCACGCUGGCGGCAAACGCUCUGCGUGCCAAGAAUGUGGGGAGGGCUUCAGCCAGAGUUCACGACUUCGAGAACGCUUGUCCUGGGAGCACGCAGCCUGCUGAUCAUCUCAGAAGUUGCACUGACGAGCCGGCUGAGCUGUAGUGAACUGGCAGCGGCACUAUUAAGUUCCUAGGUUCAACACUGGGGACCCAUGGAAAAACUGACUUCGGGAACAGACGGAUCCAGGUGCUUAAAAGACCCUUCAGCAAUCUGUUCUUCAUCGAUAGUAGGAACCCUCCCCACAGAGAGGAAAGCUAACAUCAUAUAUUGAGAUGUUUAUUUCCUAGAGGGAUGACGGCAUUGUUUAUCAUCACCUGGGACAGCUUCUCAUCAUUUUAGGGACUGCCCCCUUGAGUCCCCUCAACUCUGCAAUGUCUCCAGACGGUAAUAUAGUUAGGAGGUAAUCUAAAUGGGAUGCCAUUUUAUCUGGGAUCUUUAAUAAUAACAGCUCUCUCUCUAAGCUUUAUUUAUUUUUUAAAAGAUAUUCUUGUUAUAGAAU